AUGGCCGAAGAAAAGAUGCAGCUGGAGGAUUGGUUGGACGACCUCUGCGUUCGUUUCAUCAUCAACCUGCCUGAAGAAGACCUGUCUUCGGUUGCACGCAUAUGCUUUCAGAUCGAGGAGGCGCAAUGGUUCUACGAAGAUUUCGUCCGGCCGCUCGACCCUACACUUCCCUCCAUGACCCUUCGAAGCUUCAGUCUCAGGAUAUUCCAACACUGUCCUCUACUGGCACCAUUCUCAAUCGAAAAUCAUACCAAGGCUUUCGAGGAGUUCUUGCAGUACAAGACGAGAGUUCCCGUGAGAGGAGCAAUCCUGCUAAACGAAGCCAUGGACUCGACUAUCUUGGUCAAAGGAUGGAAGAAAGGUGCGAACUGGAGUUUCCCUCGCGGCAAAAUCAACAAGGACGAGGACGAUCUCGAAUGUGCCAUUCGCGAGGUAUACGAAGAGACGGGUUACGACUUGCAUGGUGCCGGCUUGGUACCUGAGAACCGAGACGUAAAGUACAUUGAAGUUACCAUGAGGGAGCAGCAGUUGAGGCUCUACGUCUUCCGCAACGUGCCCAUGGACACAUAUUUUCAGCCCCGAACGAGGAAGGAGAUCAGCAAGAUCCAGUGGUACAAGCUGUCGGAGCUUCCAGCUUUCCGAAAAAAAGGUGCUCAGAAUCAGAACGACGCGGCCGCGGCUGCGAAUGCCAACAAGUUCUACAUGGUUGCCCCGUUCCUGGUACCCCUCAAGAAAUGGGUCGUGCAGCAGAAAAAGAAGGACGCUGUCAAGGUCGCUAGUGAGCAGCAUUUCCAGCCUCACCCGCUCCACGACGAGCUCGUGACCGAGGAUGAUGUAUGGCAAACGGAGCCGGUCACGGACGCUUCUACGCGAACGCCUGCCUUGGAUACCUUGGAAGGCGCUACUAAAGAACUGCAGCGUCUUCUGAAGGUACAGCCGGCAGCGGCGCAAGCCAUUUCGGUUCCUGUAUCUUCGAAUGCCGGUGGAGAUAAGGGUGCAUCGUUACUCGCCAUUCUACAGGCCAAGAGUAGGGAUUCUUCCCAAGCAGUCCCGGCCGCUCAAGUUCCUCAUACACCGCUCGAUCAUACCAUGGCAGAGAUGCCCUCCCAACCGCGUAGCCCCCAUGGCCAGCAUCAUCCUCAGCAACGGGCACCGCUCGCAAGCUAUCAGGCUCCACCCGGCUUUCCAGUUGCGCCAGACGGAACGCCGCAGCAAUGGGCCUUCUCCCAGUCUGGCAAUGCCGGCCUGGGCACUCAGACCAGACAGCAUGACCCAUUGCUUGUCAAUGGCCUUGCCUACGGGCACCCGCAGCCCCCUCUAAGACAUCCGCAACCGCUUCCCCCCCAAGUCCAGAAGUCCUUACUAAGUAGAGGGGCCUUCGUCGACACAACGACACCUCCCCCGCCCAAGCGUGCGCAAGGAACGGUAAACCAGACCGUGGUUACGACGCAGUAUCAACAAACGCAGUAUCAGCCGCAGCAAACUCAGAACAUGUUAUAUCAACCAAAGCCUCCUGCUGGUCAGCUUUCGAACCAAUCUUUGGCGCUUCUCGGAGUUCUCAAAUCCGAGACGAAGGAUGUCGAUCCGGAUGGGACUCAAGCUCAUUCUGCACAGUCAUACAGCCAAUCUUCACCGGUAUCUAUUCAACAGUCAAUGCAUGGGCAGGGAAUUGUCCAGGCGUACGGCCAACCGCAGCUCCUGAACGCAGGUCCCGUCCCACCUCAUCCCAAUCUCGCCUCGAAGCAACGAGGCCAGCAGCCCGUUGACCCAGCUCAUCGAUCUGCCCUUUUGAAUAUGUUCAAAAAGCCCGAGAUCAGCUCUCCUCCUGCAAACCAGCCCGCUGAGCUUCCGGCAACCACUGCAAGCGCGGCUCUUCUGAAGGGAGUUUCGACAACAAGAGGAAACAACCAAGACGUACCUAGUCCCGUUUUCCAGACCCGCGGUACCCAACCUGUUUCAAGUAGCCCUCUUAGCAGGCCUCCUCAAGGGCCUGCGGAUUCGUCUCCUCAAGUUUCUCUUCGCAACCUCUCUCUGCACCCGCAACCUGGAAGACCUCAGCACCAAAGUCCCCAAUCCAUGGGGGGAUACAGCCCCAGAACGGCGGAAAACCGUAAUCUAUACCAACAAGGUGCAAACAACAGCCUGGCAGCAUUCAACUACUCGCCACACAUGCACCCUGGCCAAACCCUGCAGCCGGCUGACAAUAUGAAUAAGUCGACAGGCCCUCGUGGUUCUUCCGUGGUGGCAGCUCUUGCCGCUGGAACAGACAAGCCUGCCAGCCUGGCAAGUCCUCCGGCGGCAUCAGCUCUUCCGGCUCCAGCCUCUUUGCAACGAAAGCCUGAAAUGUCUACAGAGCAGAGGCAGAAACUUCUCUCGCUCUUUGGCAAGCCACAGUCACCGAGUCCCGGCCCCGGUUAUAUGGCAGAUGACAAGGGUAAGGCGAGAGAGAUGCUGCCGCCCGAUAUGACUGGGAUGCGAUCGCGUGUGGCCUCUCUUGCUUCUGCAAGCGGGCAGGGCGUGCCGGAGGGUGUGCCGGAAUCUCGGCGUGGUAGUCAGACACCGAUUUCCCCCGCGGAUCGAAGUUUCCUGCUGGGCUACCUGGCGUCGGUGGCGAACAACGGAAAAUAG